AUUUCCUCUGACAACCUCAUGCAAAACAAACAUGGCCGCCGCCGUAUUGAACUUGCAGCCUUAAUACGGCUAUAACUAAAGAUUAGCCAUUGCUGUCACCUGUAAAAUUGUAUAUUGGGUGGAGAUGUGGUUUCCGGUUCGCUCAGCGUGUUUAGGGGGCCGUGCAGUUUGUGACAGAGGCUUUGUCGGGGCUAUUUUACAGCGUCCAAGGCGCAGAGAAGCUAAGGUUUCCCCCUUCAGUCAUUCAGCCGGACGCUGCGCGCAGACCUGCCAAGCUCUCGUCUACAGAAAACACGGAGACCCCUCUCGAGUUGUUGAGUUGGAAGAUGUACCAGUGCCCCAAACAGGUGAAAAGGAUGUCCUGGUUAAACUGCUGGCAUCUCCGAUAAAUCCAUCUGACAUAAAUAUGAUUCAGGGUACUUAUGCCAUCCUGCCGGACCUUCCCGCCGUUGGUGGCAAUGAGGGCGUGGCCCAGGUCCUAGAGGUGGGCAGUCAGGUGAAGUCUCUUAAACCAGGAGACUGGGUCAUCCCCAGAGAUGCAGGGCUUGGGAUGUGGAGGACAGAGGCAGUGUUAGCCGAAGACGAUGUUAUCUCAGUGCCAAAUGGCAUUCCUCUGCUCUCCGCUGCCACACUGGGGGUCAAUCCCUGCACUGCCUUCAGGAUGCUCUCCGACUUUGAAGAUCUGAAGCCCGGAGACUCGGUGAUCCAGAACGCAGCCAACAGCGGCGUUGGGCAGGCUGUCAUACAGAUCGCUGCUGCAAGAGGAAUCAACACCAUAAAUGUUAUUCGAGACAGGCCAGAUUUCACACAACUCUGCGACAGGCUGAAGGCUAUCGGGGCCAGUCAUGUAAUCAAGGAAGAGAGCCUGAGGCGACCUGAGAUGAAGGAACUGUUCAAGACGUGUUCAAAGCCUAAACUGGCUUUAAAUGGAGUUGGAGGGAAGAGUGCAACAGAACUGCUUCGUCAUCUGCAAGUUGGAGGCUCUAUGGUGACAUAUGGUGGCAUGUCUAAACAGCCAGUGACUGUCCCUGUGAGUGCUCUUAUUUUCAAGAACGUAAAAGUUUGUGGUUUUUGGGUCACGCAGUGGAAGAGAGAUCACUCUCACGAUGGAAGGGCAUUUCGAGCCAUGGUGGAUGAUCUGUGCUCUCUCAUCCAGAAGGGGAAGUUAACAGCACCUGCUUGCACAGAGGUGUGUCUACAAGACUAUGAAAAGGCUCUGGGCGCAGCCUUACAGCCUUUUACUUCCAGUAAACAAGUCCUGAUUAUGUGAAAGUGCUAUUUUCCUCAGCCAAUCACAGCCGCGAGAGCCGUGCUUGAAUUGUAGCGUAACCUCAGGCCCGUGCCGCAUUAUCGUUGAUCUGUAAACCAGUUACAGUACUCAAUAAACAUGCUUGCACAUCAGG